UCCAAAGUGCACACUUAUCUAGUCAAGAGAAGUGUAAGUCUUGUGCAGUUUAUCCAAGAACGUUUUAUCAAGUAGCUGUCUUUGUAGAAUAACCGCUGAUUGAAUAUCUCAAACUACGUUAAACCAAGUUUUUUGACAAUUCGUCGAUAUGAGCGAAACAACAUGGGAUGUUGUUAUUGUUGGGGCUGGACUAUCCGGAUUGAGUGCUGCCCAUAGUCUUCGGAAAAGAAAUCCCCAAUUGAAAAUAAUAAUUUUGGAAGGAAAAGACCGAGUGGGCGGACGAACAGUGACCGAAGACCUUCCAGCGGUGAACGGACUAGAUCGUUGGGAUUUGGGUGGACAGUGGGUGUCCAGUUCUCAGACUCAUGUCAUGGACCUCAUCCACGAGCUAGGCCUGGAGGUCUACCCACAAUACACCGCGGGAAAGAAGGUGCAGCAUAUAGGAGGACCCCGGGCCAGGAUCCAAACCUACAGCACCAGCAUCCCCGCCCUGUCCCCCCUGGUGUUGCUGGACCUCACACAGCUGCUCUGGAAGAUCGACAGGCUGUGUGCCUCCGUGUCAGUUGAAGACCCCUCCAGGACCCCCAACGCUGCUGAGCUGGACAGCAUGACGCUACAGACCUACCUGGAGCGCCACGCCUGGACCCAAGGCCAUGAGAAAACAUCAAAUCACAAUGAUUUCAUGGUCCACUCAUGUCUUAUUGCUUCGGCUGUGGGGGUGGUUGCUUUGCCUCUGAAACAACUGUGUGUGGUUCGUUCUGCAGCUAAGAUCAACUACCAGCCGCCCCUGCCCAGCCAGAGGGAACACCUCACCCAGAACAUGGCCCCCGGACACCUGAUUAAGUUUAUCAUCACCUAUGGGACAGCUUUCUGGCGGAAGAAGGGCUUCUCCGGGGAGAUUGUGGCCCAGCCCUCGGAGGCCUGUCCUCUCUGUGUCACCUUCGACGCCACCACGCCCCGCGGCAGCCCUGCCCUGGUGGGGUUCAUCGCAGGCUUGCAGGCCUACCACUGGAGCAACAGAGAGGCAGAGGAGAGGAGAGAGGCGGUGGUGUGCAGCCUGGUGAGGUACCUGGGUCCCGAGGCGUCCAGCUACAUCCACUACCGGGAGAAAGACUGGGCCACGGAGGAGUUCAGUGGAGGCUGUCCUGUCAGUGUCAUGACCCCCGGCCUGCUGUCCUACCACCACCCCAGCCUGCGAAGACCCUGCGGCAGGAUCCACUGGGCCGGUACGGAGACUGCUACCCAGUGGAAUGGCUACAUGAGUGGGGCGAUUCAGGCGGGCCAGCGGGCAGCUCUGGAGGUCCUGGCGGAGCUCAGCCCCUCCUCCCUGACGGAGGAGGAGCUGGAGGCCGUACACAAGGCCCUGGCCUCGCCCCGACACCUCCAGCCUCCGCCCUCCUCCACCUUUCUCCGCCGAGCUCUCCUCUUCACCGUCAGCCUGGCCGCUGCCCUCCUAUUGGCUCGUCCGCAGCUCUGCCGGCGGUUGAUUGGCUGGACGCGCUGCAGAGGGUGGGACUAAGAAUGUAGCAGCCAUGUUGGUCAAGCUAUGCUCCUACAUGUGCAAUAAUAUACAUUACAAUAUACGCUAGCGUUCAAAAGUUUGGGGUCACUUAAAAAUGUCCUUAUUUUUCAAAGAAAAGCACUGUUUUUUUCAAUGAAGAUAACGUUAAAUUUACAUUUAGUCAUUUAGCAGACGCUCUUAUCCAGAGCGACUUACAGUAAGUACAGGGACAUUCCCCCGAGGCAAGUAGGGUGAAGUGUCAUGCCCAAGGACACAGCGUCAGUUGGCAUGACCGGGAAUCGAACUGGCAACCUUCGGAUUACUAGCCCGAUUGCCUCACCGCUCAGCCACCUGACUCCCUAUUAAUCAGAAAUACACUAUACAUUGUUAAUGUGGUAAAUGACUUCGAGGUGGAAACGUCUGGUUUUUAAUGAAAUAUCUACAUAGGUGUAUAGAGGCCCAUUUCCAGCAACUAUUACUGUAUGUGUUCGAAUGGUACAUUGUGUUUGCUAAUUGCCUUAGAAGACUAAUGGAUGAUUAGAAGGAUUAGAAUUAGAAUGCCAAAGGUCUCCAGUGUUGUAAUUGCUGCAAAUGGAGCAUUAUUUGACGAAAGCAAAGUUUGAAGAACAAAAUGUAUAUUUCAAAUAAAAAUAAUUAUUUCUAAUAAUAAUAAUUAACCUUGUAAAUGUCUUGACUAUAUUUUAUAUUCAUUUUGAAAGUUAUUUGAUAAAUAAAAGUGUGAGUUUUCAUGGAAAACACGAAAUUGUCUGGGUGACCCCAAACUUUU